AUGCAAAAUUUUUUACUAGCUUAUAAGAUAUUUUUAAAAUUUUAUAAUAAACAAAUUUGCAGUAAAAAUCUAUGUUUUAGAAAUACAAUUAUCAUUAUAGAAAUAAUUCCUAAAUUUUUUUCAAAAGGAACAAUUAGUUUGCUUCUUUCUAAUUUCUUUGAAUCAUCGUAUUUUUCUAACUUUCCCCAUAUAAGCCAAAAAACCAUUGACCUAUUUUUUGGGUAA